CCCGCCUGCCUCCCGCCGGCUGCCACGAAAACCCGGAAUAGCUGCGUGAGCUCACGGAAAGUCCUCCGAGGGGCGACGCCGGGCAGCUGGGCAUGCUCAGUAGCUGGGGGAGGCUUGGGUGGAGAGUAGAAAGCUUUGGAUCUGCUCCCCCCACCUCCCAACGGCCUCCCGCACCCCUUGCCCCCAGCCCGUAGUAGUUGCCCAGCGUGCGCCCGUGGACACCGGGAACAUGGCGCUCCCAGCCCUGUAGCAGCCCCGGCGGAGAAGGGGAUGAGGCACCGCCGCUUCGCUGACAGCCAGCCGCCAGAAAUACACUGUGGCAGAAUGCUUCCACCUCUUGCCAAAAUGGACACGGGGGAAAAAUGAAGAACACUGGAGAGCUCCGCCGAAGAGUUGCACAACACAAAGAAUAGCACACUCCUCUGGAGUCUGAUUCAUCCACAGCCAUCGUAAAAAGGUCUUUGCAUCAUGUUUGGAAAGAAAAAGAAAAAGAUUGAAAUAUCUGGUCCGUCCAACUUUGAACACAGGGUUCACACAGGGUUUGAUCCACAGGAACAGAAAUUCACCGGCCUGCCGCAACAAUGGCAUAGUCUGUUGGCAGAUACGGCCAACAGGCCGAAGCCCAUGGUGGACCCUUCAUGCAUCACACCCAUCCAGCUGGCUCCCAUGAAGACAAUCGUUCGAGGAAACAAACCCUGCCAGGAAUCCUCCAUCAACGGCCUUCUGGAGGAUUUCGACAACAUCUCGGUGACCCGCUCCAACUCCCUAAGGAAGGAGAGCCCGCCCACCCCGGACCAGGGCGCCGCGGGCCAUGGCCCAGGCCACCGGGAAGAGAACGGCUUCAUCACCUUCUCACAGUAUUCCAGCGAAUCCGACACCACCGCCGACUACUCCACCGACAGGUACCGCGACAAGAGUCUCUAUGGAGACGAUCUGGAUCCGUUUUAUAAAGGCAGCCAUGCGGCCAAGCAGAAUGGGCACGUGAUGAAAAUGAAACACGGGGAAGCCUACUAUUCUGACAUGAAGCCUCUGAAAUCCGACCUGGCCCGAUUCCCCAUCGAUUAUCACACACACUUGGACUCACUGAGCAAACCCAGUGACUACAGUGACCUCAAGUGGGAGUACCAGAGAGCCUCGAGCAGCUCGCCUCUGGAUUACCCGUUCCAAUUCACGCCUUCCAGAACUGCAGGGACCGGCGGCUGCUCUAAGGAGAGCCUGGCCUACAGCGAGAGUGAAUGGGGGCCCAGCCUGGAUGACUACGACCGGAGGCCGAAGUCAUCGUACCUGAAUCAGACCAGCCCGCAGCCCGCCAUGCGGCAGAGGUCCAGGUCGGGCUCGGGGCUCCAGGAACCGAUGAUGCCCUUCGGAGCAAGUGCAUUUAAAACCCACCCCCAGGGACACUCGUACAACUCCUACACCUACCCUCGCUUGUCCGAGCCCACAAUGUGCAUUGCCAAGGUGGAUUACGAUCGAGCACAGAUGGUUCUCAGCCCUCCACUGUCAGGGUCCGACACCUACCCCAGGGGCCCCGCCAAACUACCUCAAAGUCAAAGCAAAGCGGGCUAUUCCUCAAGCAGCCACCAGUACCCAUCUGGGUACCACAAAGCCACCCUGUACCACCACCCCUCCCUACAGACCAGCUCACAGUACAUCUCCACCGCUUCUUACCUGAGCUCUCUCAGCAUCUCAUCCAGCACCUACCCCCCACCCAGCUGGGGCUCCUCCUCAGACCAGCAGCCCUCUAGGGUGUCCCACGAACAGUUUCGGGCUGCCCUGCAGCUGGUGGUCAGCCCAGGAGACCCCAGGGAGUACUUGGACAACUUUAUCAAAAUCGGGGAAGGGUCGACCGGCAUCGUGUGCAUCGCCACCGAGAAACACACAGGGAAACAAGUUGCAGUGAAGAAAAUGGACCUUCGAAAGCAGCAGAGGCGAGAGCUGCUUUUUAAUGAGGUUGUGAUAAUGCGGGAUUACCACCAUGACAAUGUGGUUGACAUGUACAACAGCUAUCUUGUCAGUGACGAGCUCUGGGUGGUCAUGGAGUUUCUAGAAGGUGGUGCCUUGACAGACAUUGUCACUCAUACCAGAAUGAAUGAAGAACAGAUAGCUACUGUGUGUCUGUCGGUUCUGAGAGCUCUCUCCUACCUUCACAACCAAGGAGUGAUUCACAGGGACAUAAAGAGUGAUUCCAUCCUCCUGACAAGCGAUGGACGGGUGGACAUCUGGUCUCUGGGGAUCAUGGUGAUAGAAAUGAUUGAUGGCGAGCCCCCCUACUUCAACGAGCCUCCCCUGCAGGCAAUGCGGAGGAUCCGGGACAGUUUACCUCCUCGAGUGAAGGACCUACACAAGGUUUCUUCCGUGCUCCGGGGAUUCCUGGACCUGAUGCUGGUGAGGGAGCCCUCUCAGAGAGCCACAGCCCAGGAACUCCUUGGACAUCCGUUCUUGAAACUGGCAGGUCCGCCUUCUUGCAUCGUUCCCCUCAUGAGACAGUACAGGCAUCACUGAGCAGAGGAUCCAUACAGGCGACAAAGCCAGAGGAGGACAUGAGAAUAAUUCAGGAGAACAUGAGGCAACGACAGAACAUGCAAAGGCCUGUGCAUUCUAAGCAGCUGAUCGGUGGGACAGUGUGAUGACCAGCAGGGUUUAACAGACCAGGGCAUCUUCUUGUGUCUUAAUCGGCAUCUCUCCACUGACAGCUGGCAUGCUCAUUGGGAACACGGCUUUCAUAAGUCAUCAUUAUAUUUUUCAGCCCUUCAUCCAGCAAAUCAGAAGGAUUCAGUACAAACUCUGUUAUGACACAUCCUAGCCACAUGCAGGGUAACACAUAGGAUUUUCUAUAUUGAAAGAAUACUUUUCUGGCAAAAAAAAAAAAGGAAGGAAAACAAAAAGCACUUUUUUCUUAAUGGUAGCAGUGUAAUGUAUUUUGCAAUGAAUUUGUAAUUUUUCUGUACGAUAGUUUUGAUAAUUUAUAGUACUUUGAUGUCGCGUAGCCAUUGUAUCAGUUGAAGUAAUACUUGUUUACUAGCAAGAGUUUGAACAAAGCCUUUCCUACUUUUUUAUCCCUUUCAGAGAACCAACGAUUCUUAGGAACUUUGAAUACUGAAUGACUCUCAAUCACCGUCAGCUUUAGUAGAAUAUCUUUCUUAUCUUAACAAGUGUCUUAUGUGAUGGAAGAAGCACUAAGAGUGAUGGUGAUGGUGGUGCACAUUUCAUUUAUCCAACCAAAAAUAGUAAGAUGUGAGCCACAGGAGACCACCAAACUACUCUUUGGGAUAAAGCUAAAUGUUUGGAAAAAUCACAUUUCCCUUUAAGGCUGUUAGUCACAAACCAGUGUUUGCCCAGCGGGUAUUCCCCCGCCCCCGCCCUGCCCCCGUGCCCUGUCUCAAAUGAGUAUGACGUCCCCUUGUGGCCAAAUUUCCCUCCCAAGGAACAAUUUCAGUGCUAGGAUCAUUGACUGGGACCCCCAUGUUGAAGGUUUCAGUAAGGCCGUGAGAUUUCCAGUCUCACAAAGGGAAAGGAGCUAGAACAGGGCAGGAUGUUUGGUUUCGUUUGUCACUGUUUGAAAACUCUGUAUGCUAGCACACCAAACUCUUGUCUGCAUUUACCUUCGUACCGCAGUGUUGAUCGCUGUUGUUCAUGUAUCGUGCUGGAAGCUGAACUGACUCUAGAGGGUGAAUUAGGAAGGGUGGGACCUGACUCCAGUGGUGACCAUGUUAUAAUGUGUUUCUGACAUAGGAGAGUUGUGCUGCUGACUAGGUCUCCUCAAAUGUUGAUAGCAAUGAAUGACUACUACAUUUUGUGUUGCUUGUUGGAUGAAUUUGCAUGUUAACUGUAGGCCAAUGUAGAUUUGCCUUUAAAACUCUGGAAGAGCUACAUAGUCAUCAUUAGUUUCCAUUAAUUAUGCAUCAGACAAAAGCCAUUUGUUACCAAACCGGAAAACCAGAGGCUUUUCUUAAUGACUUCACAUACUGUAACAAAUACGAAUUUAAAUUUGUGAAAAUGCUCUGGUUGCUCUAAGCAUAAUUAAGAUUUUUUUGUAAUUAAUAGGUUGCUAAUUAUUUAUUAUAGUUAAAAGGGAAAAAAGGCAUAAAAUGACUUUCUACUGAUUAGAUUUUCAGUCUUCCCCAAAACUGGAAAUGCCUAACCAUAAAUAGAAUCUGUAAUUUUAUUUCAUAAAACUCAAAAGUCAAUGUCUUAUGUAAAAUAUUAAGAUAUUAAUAUAAAUAUGUAAGAAUAAAAACCAUCUAAAUUCAGAAAAUGGCAGUCCUAAAAAUUCAUGGAACAGAUUGUAUUAAUUUAGGCAGGACUAUGUAGUAGAAAGAAAAGAAAAAGAAAAUCUCUUUUUUAACCAGGACAAAUAACAAAACCAUUGCAGAAAAUAGUGGAUUUUGGAUUCCAAACAUUUUGACAGUGUACUGGAAAUUUUUCUGUAAUUUUCUUAUCACUGGGUAUUUUUUAAACUACUCGUUGGGUUUACCGAAAGCUACUGUAGCUUAAGGUUUUGUGAGCACUAACUAUUGGCAGAAACUGCACUUGCAAAUAAAAAUAAAUGUUUGCCUUUUUUCUUAU